AUGUACACUUCUACCAACCUCUUCGGGAUCGUGGUCGGGAAGUCGACGAAUUUUAUCUGGGACGGUGACAGUAUUUUCAAGAUUCGGGACAAUAUAAGCUCGUGGGUGCUGUGGUGGCGUCAACGCCAUCUUCGGAUGGGUGCACCGCAGACACCUAGGCCAAUCGAGGAUGAUGACUGCGUGCCACUGCCGAGGGUGGCCGUGGUGGAAGAACUAAGGGAGGUACAACAAGACCGCAAGCUGGAGCGACGACGAGGAGGGCAGGGCCCGCGACGCCGCGGGCUCGAAAACGAGCUGGAAGGUGAGCGUCGGCGACCCCGACGCCGGCCGAGGAAAAAGCACAGUCUGUGGAUCUUUGUCCUUCGGCAAACGCAGCAAUUGUCUCAGUUGACUGUGUGGGCGGAAAAUCAUCCUGGUGCUAUAUCCUCGGCGUAA